AUGGAUUCACCCGAGGGAUCAGAGUGGUGCUUGAGCAUCCGCUCUCUCCAAACCUGCAUCAUUCAUCGAAAGGUGUCUAAGAUGAAUCCGUACGAAGCCGACCCUACAAAAAUCCCACAGCAUGAUCGAUACGCCGAUGUCCCCUUAUAUGGCCGAUAUCUCCCCACUUCAGAUGAUUUCCAGCCUGACCCGAAACAUGCCAACUCAGGUUCAGAUGAUUCGUUAGAGUACUGGGCGUCUGUACUCGAACUAUGCAAUACUUCCAACAGGAUAUAUCAAGGCUUAGAGGGAGCCAGAGACGUAUUCGCGCUUGGUAGUGUUAUCGUCAAAUCCAGCCAUCUCCACACUGAGCUUCAAGGCAAACGCGCAAGCCGAGAUUUCUCAUAUGCAGAUGCAAACGAAGUCAAGGCAACUGAUCUGGCAAGGACUGUAUUGAAAGAUAUAAAAAUUCCCACUAUCUAUUUCGCAAACAAGAUCAACGGUAGAGAUGUCUUGGUACAGGAGAGAAUUGCUGGAGUGGGCCUCAAUAUCGCAUGGCAAUACAUCUCCGCCGAACAAAAGCAAAACUUCAAAGACGAAGCACGCGACAUCUUGCGAAGCCUGAGCAAGAUAGAACCUCCUACUUCAAGUACGACUCGAUCAUACAUCGUCGAGGAUCCGGAUCCGAAAACACAUCGAGGCAUCCAGGAACUCGAAUACAACCUUAUCUUCUCUGAGGAUAACAACGAUGAGGAUGUGUCAUUUAUGCAUAACGACUUAACUCAAUCAAACUGCAUUGUCGACGAUGACAAGAUUGUCGGGCUUGUCGACUGGGAAAUGGCAGGUUACUUUGGAUGGAAGACAGCUGGCCAUGUGCAUGUCCACAUUCGAACUCCUCGACGGCAGAACUUUGCGGCGCUGGAUCUGCCGGAGGAUGUUCUCAACAAUAUCCUUUUCUGGAAUGACUUGUAUGAAGUUUAA